UAGCAAGCAUUCAGUCAAAGAAAGGCGGCGCGCCGGCUUGCGCGCUCGCCCGCCGUCCGGCCCCGAGCCCUAUGCCGUCGCGGUUCACCCUCAUCAUCAAUAAAACGAUCACCGCAAAACCGCGAAUCCAUUGUGUGUCGUAUUAAAAAGUCAAUUGAGUCCAGUUACCUUCGUCGUGUGUGAAAUGUAGCUGCCGUAGUGUCUUCCUUAAGUUAUACAUCGCGGUUGACAUUAAAGAGUGCAGUUGUUUUGAUGAGCUCCGAUAAUGAGGAAGUCCUGAGAAUAGCGCAGUGUAAAUAAUAGGUCUAUUAAUAAAGCAAUAAUCCAAUUAUUGAAAGUAGAAAACCCCGUAGUUUUAACUAUUGACGCUAUAAAAAGUGCUAAAGUAGAUAUUAUUUACGAUAAUUUGUUACGAAAAAUCUUCCAUAACAUAGUGUAAGUUUAAUGAAAAUUGUGUCUUGGUUGUAUGAAAUAAAGUUCAAAACAGUUCAAAAUGAUCUCUAAUGCCGGUGCAAUAGAAUAUAAAUCAAACGUGAAUGCCGACUAUAAGGUUCUGAGUAAUAUCAGCGAGAAAAGUGCUUAGCGAUUUUGAAUAAAGAAUGUUAAUAAAAAGAUGCCUCAACGCGCGCCGUCAUCGUCGAGCUUGAUGCGACAGUUCGUGGUGUUGGCCCUGCCCGGAAUGUAUUUGCUGUUCAAGUACAACCAGUACCGGCAGCAGCAAAUGGAGACCGCGCGGCGCCGAGUCACCGAGCGGGAGCUUAUGCACCUCAACACUAAAAUCGACAAAUUGCUCAAUAAACUGGAAGAGAACGAGCCAGAACUAGCUACUUCGCCCGAGGAAGAAUGUGUAAUAUGUGUAAACGCGAAAGCGACGAUGCAAACGUCGCCGUGCGGUCAUCGCGUGGUGUGCCGUCGGUGCUUCGUAAAGACCAUACAGAUGGCGGUCAGUCAACGGUUGCUGCCGCUCCGAUGCGUUAUUUGCCGCGCCAAAAUACUGAGGCUACGGCAGGCGCCCCGUCUCGUCACCAGCAAGAGUUGGCAGGUAUCAAGCGGUAGCGGCAAGUCGUGGUGUGUUCCUGGUUCGGUGUCUAGCUACUCGAUGGGAGCCCGCUCCGUGCCUGCUUCUGCUUCUCUAUAUUCCGUCACUAGUGGAGAGUCUUCCCUAUCCGGAGUGUCUUCCGUGUCAUCAAAUAGCGGUGGUAAUGUGAUAAAUGGGUGUUCAACAAAACUGUGUGGUGGUGCGAAGUGCGGAGGAGCAUGUCUCGGCGCGGUGCCGCGAGCGUCCGCCGCCACCACGCCGCCUCGGCCGCGGCAGCCUGCCUCCAAUUCUUUACGACGAUCACAGCAUCAUAGCAUGAAGGCGAGGCUACAAGAAUAUCAAGUACACAGUUACACCGGGGGGCCAGCGGGCGAGCCCUCGGGCCGGCUGCCGCCCAUAAGAGAGUUUCAGAGAGAGUUCCGCGAAGGACGCCGCGAAAGCGCUGCUGCGGCUUCUGCCUCUACUAGAAUAAGAUGUGCACAGAAAAUUGUAACACAACUAGAAACAUCACCACAAAAAGAUAAACAACAUUUCUUUCGGCCUCUAAAACCAUCGAAUAAAGACGAUCCACCCAAAUCCAGAGAUCAAAGCAAAGAGACUGAACGGAAAAAAGAUAACCCCAAAGCAAAACCCAAGAAAGAAGAUAAAAAGAAAAAAGACGAUGAAAAUACAAAACAAGACGAGAAAAGCAAAAAAGAUGAAAGUAGUGAUAACAAAAAGAAUGAAAUAGCCGAGAGAAAGAAGGAAGAAAAAUUAAGGCUAAAAGCCGAAAAAGAAGCUAAGAAAGAAGCCAAACUUCUAGCAAAAGAAGAAGAAAGACAAGCAAAACUCCUAGCAAAAGAAGAAGAGAGACAAGCCAAAUUACUAGCAAAGGAGGAGAAAAAAAAGGCAAAGAAAGAAGCAAAGUUAGCAGCGCAAGCGGAAAAAGAAAAAAACAAAUAAAGGAAUGUUUAAAUUUUUACAUUGUAGAAACUCGUAGCCGUCUUAAAAUUAGAUUCGAAAUUGUUAUUAUUGAA